AAGGGCGGGGCCUGUCCCCGGGAGUUGGGUUUGCAGUCAAGUGUCUAAGGCGCUCUCUCCGCAGCGGGCAGGGGUGCACUCCGCCUUCUUCUGGGGGCUGGACCGGACCGGCUCCGCCCCAGCCAGGUGUCGUCGGUUCCCAGGUGCCCGCCGGACCUCCGGCAUUCCGGUGCCGCAGGCCUGUGCAGCGGGCCGGCAACGAUGGAGAACACCCCCGAGCCCACUCCUUCAUCCUCGGAGUCCACACAGCCUCCGGGCCUGGCCAGGGAGCCCGAGGUGGCAUCUCCCGGGGACUCGGAGGGCUGCGCCCGGCCUCUAGACACGGUCCCUAAGAAACUCUGUGGGUAUUUAAGUAAGUUUGGCGGCAAAGGACCCAUCAAGGGCUGGAAAUGCCGCUGGUUCUUCUACGAUGAGAGGAAAUGCCACCUGUAUUAUUCGCGCACCGCGCAGGAUGCUAACCCCUUGGACAGCAUCGAUCUCUCCAGUGCAGUCUUUGACUGUAAGGCGGACGCUGAGGAGGAGGGCACUUUUGAAAUCAAGACUCCCAGCCGAGUUAUUACUCUCAAGGCUGCCACCAAGCAAGUGAUGCUCUACUGGCUGCAGCAGCUGCAGAUGAAGCGCUGGGAGUUCCACAACAGCCCAUCCGCUUUUGCCGCCACCCCCGCUGCCGCCCUGGCUGAGAAUGGGCCCACCCUGCACCUCAAGCUAGAGCAAGAGGAGGCCGAGCUGGAGGAGUUCCUGUGCCCUGUGAAAACGCCCCCUGGACUUGUGGGUGCAGCCGCUGCCUUACAGCCUGUCCCUGCCAUGCCCUCAGCCCUCCAGAACAUCUCCCUGAAGCAUCUGGGGACUGAAAUACAAAACACCAUGCACAACAUCCGUAGCAACAAGCAGGUCCAAGCAGCGGAAGAGGCAUCCCAGAGUGUAGAGCCUCCGAGUGGGGAGCAGCCCUUGAUCUCUGACCCCAGCAUUCCAGCAGAAAAAGAGCUAGAGGACCCUCCCAAGUCUGCACCCAGGUCCUCUGUGCCCUCAGGUCCCACGCAGAAACCCAAGCGGCAAAGCAACACCUUCCCGUUCUUUUCUGAUGGCCUAGCUCGGAGCCGCACAGCCCAGGAGAAAGUGGUGGCCUUGGAACAGCAGGUGCUUAUGCUCACCAGAGAGCUCAAGUCACAGAAGGAGCUGGUGAUCAUCCUACACAAGGCCCUGCAGGCUGCCCAGCAGGAGAAGCGCGCAUCCAGUGCCUACCUGGCAGCCACCGAGGACAAAGACCGGCUGGAGCUGGUCCGGCACAAGGUGCGGCAGAUCGCAGAGCUGAACCAGAGGGUGGAGGCUCUGGAGCAGGGCCAUGAGCGCCUGAUGCAGGAGGCUGGCCUGCGGGAGCAGCACGUGCAGGCGCUUCAGCAGCAUGUGCAGCUGCUCAUGGAUAAGAACCAGGCCAAGCAGCAGGUCAUCUGCAAGCUCUCCCAGAAGCUCACGGAAGACCUUGCCGAGCCCCCCAGCCAGCCUGCUGAUGCUACCAAUGGCGACUUCCUGAGCCAGCAGGAGAGGCUGGAGCAUCUGAAGGAUGACAUGGAAGCGUAUCGGACCCAGAACCGCUUCCUCAACUCUGAGAUCCACCAGGUCACCAAGAUCUGGAGGAAGGUGGCGGAGAAGGAGAAAGCCCUGCUGACCAAGUGCGCCUACCUCCAAGCCCGGAACUGCCAGGUGGAAAGCAAGUACCUGGCCGGGCUUCGGAGGCUGCAGGAGGCCGCGGAGGCGGAGGCUGGUGACUUCCCUGAGCUGCUGCAGCGCCUGGUCCAGGAGGCACUGCAGUGGGAAGCAGCAGAGGCCGACAGCGUGGGGCUGAGCCCCGUCAGCAGCGAGUACGAUGACUAUGGCUUCCUGACGGUGCCAGACUACGAGGUGGAAGACCUGAAACUGCUAGCCAAGAUCCAGGCCUUGGAGGUGCGCUCCCACCACCUGCUGGCCCUCGAGGCUGUGGAGAGGCCCCUGCGGGACCGCUGGGCCACCCUGACGGAGCUCGUGCCCUCAGCUGACCUCAAGCAGCUGCUCCGGGCAGGUGUGCCCCGAGAGCACCGUGCGCGUGUCUGGAGGUGGCUGGUCCAUCGCCGUGUCCAGCACCUGCAGGCCCCAGGCUGCUACCAGGAGCUUCUGGCCCGGGGCCGGGCAUGCGAGCACCCAGCUGCUCGUCAGAUCGAGCUGGACCUCAACAGGACCUUCCCCACCAACAAGCACUUCACCUGCCCUACCUCCUGCUUCCCGGACAGGCUCCGCCGCGUGCUCCUGGCCUUCUCCUGGCAGAACCCCAGCAUUGGCUACUGCCAAGGCCUGAACAGGCUGGCAGCCAUUGCCCUGUUGGUCCUAGAGGAUGAGGAGAGUGCCUUCUGGUGCCUGGUGGCCAUUGUGGAGACCAUACUGCCAGCCGAGUACUACAGCAAAACAUUGACUGCAUCCCAGGUAGACCAGCGGGUGCUCCAGGACCUCCUCUCAGAGAAGCUGCCCCGACUGACUGCACACCUGGGGCAGCACCGCGUCGACCUCUCUCUCAUCACUUUCAACUGGUUCCUCGUGGUCUUUGCUGACUCUCUCAUCAGUGACAUCCUCCUGCGAGUCUGGGACGCCUUCCUGUAUGAAGGGACCAAAGUGGUGUUCCGAUAUGCUCUGGCCAUCUUCAAGUACAAUGAGGAAGCGAUCCUGCGACUCCAGGACAGCCUGGAGAUCUAUCAGUACCUGCGCUUCUUCACCAAGACCAUCUGCGACAGCCGGAAGCUCGUGAGCAUCGCCUUCAAUGACAUGAACCCCUUCCCCAUGAAGCAGCUGCGGCAGCUGCGGGCAGCCCACCGAGAGCACCUGGAGGCCGAACUGCGGGAGCUGGAAAUACUGAAAGCCGAGUACCUGGAGAGACGGGCGUCCCGGGGCAGAGCGGCGCCCGAGGGCUGCGCCAGCGAGGACGAAGGGGAGGGCGACAGCUGACCUAGCACUCUGUCCCAAAGCCUUCCUCACCUUUGCUGGCGGGAACAUGGAAUUCAGGCGAGGGCGGCAGUGUGCGUGACCCUGGACAAGGCCCUGGCCCUCUCCAAGCCUUCAUCUGCCAGGCUUGCCAGCCUGUGUCACUGCCCACAGAGCUCUUAGACACACAGGGAGGCAGGGAUGCACGCUGCGUCUCCUGAACAGGCUCUGAGGCAGCACGGCUUCUGUUCGGUUUGGAUUUCGUCUUCUGACCAGGUCUCCAGAACUCAGGCUGACCUCAGACUCUAUGCAGCUGAGCACGGCCCUGACCUUUAGAUCCUCCUGUCAGAGCCAUGAUGACCUAAAGCCGUGUCCCCUGUGGCCCAUGGCUCCACCUUUAGGACAGAAGCAGUCUCCUUACCAGUGCUCCAGGGCACAAGGUAUCAGGAACAUCCCCACUGGCACCCUCUGGCUUUGGUCAGCAUUCAGUGGCACCCCAAGUUCUAGUUCAGUGUAUUUUCAGGGUACCUGUCUUUCCAGACAGUAGCCCCCCCCCAUUUGCCACCUGGAUCUGUGUCAAGACCACCCUGCCCACAGGGACUAUUUCUAUAGCCUCGUGCCUAAAACUUGCCUUCUGUCUACAGCCCACUGGGGACGCGCCAGGGGACCCUGCCUGCCACCCUGAGGAACUUGAUGUGGACUGUGGGCCCUGAGCAGGCAUCUGCUCUGACGUGCCUGUCAUGUGGGGCCAGCAGGGUAGGCUUGGGAGGGUGGCGAGGGCAGCAGCCCGCCUGGCUCACCAGAGCAGGUUGGUAUGCAGCCUUACAUGGAGGGGACAUGGCUAGCGGUGACAGGCUCUCCCAAAAGCCACCACCGAAAAGCCAAAACAGGUCGAACUGUGGGCACGGGCUGCUGGGUAGACAGAACAUUCUCUACCACAGCCCCCACUCUCCCUGAGGAGAGCUCUGCCCAGUCACUUGCACUCCUCCUUGGGGACCAGAGCAGCUUUCUUACCCCGCAGCACCUCAUCUCAGUGCUGGGCCUUGUGUCAGCUGCUCUGGGAGCCAGGAGGUCUGCUAACCCUUGGGGGGAAGCGUUCUGGGACUAAUUGCCUCGUCCAGCCCUGACCAAGCAGGCAGACUGAAAACAGCUUGUUCUACGGCCCUCACCCAGGUCAAGCUCCAGUAACAGGACACGGAGAACUUAAUGUGGUGUCGCACAGAAGGGGAGGGCAGGUCUGGACAGGACUGCCUGUGGGCACACCCGUAGGGUCAACUCUAGGAAGAGAAAAGGGAGGGUCAGGUGCGGGGUACACACUUCUGAUCCCAGCAGUUCCAACACUGGACUACACAGCCAAACAGUGUCUCAAAAACCAAAUAAAUAA